GGCUGCGCCAUUGGCUUGCGCGUUUGAUAUUCAGUCAGCCAAUCAGAGAAGCCUUUGAAGUUCAUACCCUCCUUUCACAGCGCGAUGACGUAACGGUCUGAGGCUUCCAUCCACCCUCGCGCAGUGUGUCCGCUGUCAGCACAUACAUCUAACCAUCAUGUCUGGGAGAGGGAAGACUGGAGGCAAAGCCCGAGCAAAGGCCAAGUCCCGCUCCUCCCGAGCCGGACUCCAGUUCCCGGUGGGACGGGUCCACAGGCUGCUGCGCAAGGGAAACUAUGCAGAGCGUGUGGGCGCCGGGGCUCCGGUGUACCUGGCCACGGUGCUGGAGUACCUCACCGCGGAGAUCCUGGAGCUGGCAGGAAACGCAGCCAGGGACAACAAGAAGACCCGGAUCAUCCCCCGCCACCUGCAACUGGCCGUCCGCAACGACGAGGAACUGAACAAGCUGCUGGGGGGGGUGACCAUCGCUCAGGGAGGGGUGCUGCCCAACAUCCAGGCGGUCCUCCUCCCCAAGAAGACGGAGAAACCGGCCAAGAGCAAGUAAACACUUCCGGGCUCGGCUCAGAGCCAGACACUUUUCAUACCUGUGUUCUUUGGAUUAAAACCCCUUCAAACAGGGACUGUGUUUUAAAUCGAUGUUUCUACAGUGAAAACAUUCGUUAGUCAUCGACUGACUGCUCCAAGGAUUGUGGGAAAUGGAGGCUGGAUGCUGCAGGCCGGGGAAAGGUCUGAAUGUGGACCAGUUCGGAAGGGAGGGUUGUUUUCAUGAUGCAAUGUUGCUACAAAACGUUAACAUCGUUGUAUUUAUUUCAUGAUGUCUGAAUAAAUGUCCUGUAGCCUUCCGGCACAGUGUCCGUGUUGUUGACAGGGCCUGCUGUUAGCAUCGCUCAGAAUCAGAAUCCCUUUAUCCGUCCCACAGACACAAAAUUUGAAUUUGCUACAGCAGCAACAGAGCCAAAGACAGAUUUACAAAAGAAAAUAUGCAUUAAAAAAAUAUUAAGAUAAAGAAAAAUACACAUCCUGAAGUGAGAUAUAACAGCCAGGUAAAUAUUGCAGUUAUUACUAAUGGCAUAUUUCUGUUUAUAU